UCACAAAUCUGAAAAUAACUAUGACAACAUCACGUGACAGGACUUGUAUAAAUAAUUCUGACCUGCGCAAAUUACUUUAGUAUACAGCGCAAACAGAUUGUUAAACAGACAGAAGAACUUAUAUUAUUGAAUAGAAUCACAAAGCAUUAAAGAUGCAGAUUUUCGUCAAAACUCUGACAGGAAAGACCAUUACCCUUGAAGUUGAGCCUUCAGACACUAUUGAAAAUGUAAAGGCUAAAAUCCAGGACAAAGAAGGAAUUCCCCCAGAUCAACAGCGUCUCAUCUUUGCCGGUAAACAGCUAGAAGAUGGCCGUACAUUGUCCGAUUACAAUAUCCAGAAAGAGUCAACACUUCAUUUGGUAUUGAGAUUGAGAGGAGGUAUGCAGAUUUUCGUCAAAACAUUGACAGGCAAAACUAUUACACUAGAAGUUGAGCCUUCAGACACUAUUGAAAAUGUAAAGGCUAAAAUCCAGGACAAAGAAGGAAUUCCCCCAGAUCAACAGCGUCUCAUCUUUGCCGGUAAACAGCUAGAAGAUGGCCGUACAUUGUCAGAUUACAAUAUUCAGAAAGAGUCGACACUUCAUUUGGUAUUGAGAUUGAGAGGAGGUAUGCAGAUUUUCGUCAAAACAUUGACAGGCAAAACUAUUACACUAGAAGUUGAGCCUUCAGACACUAUUGAAAAUGUAAAGGCUAAAAUCCAGGACAAAGAAGGAAUUCCCCCAGAUCAACAGCGUCUCAUCUUUGCCGGUAAACAGCUAGAAGAUGGCCGUACAUUGUCCGAUUACAAUAUUCAGAAAGAGUCCACACUUCAUUUGGUAUUGAGAUUGAGAGGAGGUAUGCAGAUUUUCGUCAAAACAUUGACAGGCAAAACUAUUACACUAGAAGUUGAGCCUUCAGACACUAUUGAAAAUGUAAAAGCUAAAAUCCAGGACAAGGAAGGUAUUCCCCCAGAUCAACAGCGUCUCAUCUUUGCCGGUAAACAGCUAGAAGAUGGCCGUACAUUGUCCGAUUACAAUAUUCAGAAAGAGUCAACACUUCAUUUGGUAUUGAGAUUGAGAGGAGGUAUGCAGAUUUUCGUCAAAACAUUGACAGGCAAAACUAUUACACUAGAAGUUGAGCCUUCAGACACUAUUGAAAAUGUAAAGGCUAAAAUCCAGGACAAAGAAGGAAUUCCCCCAGAUCAACAGCGUCUCAUCUUUGCCGGUAAACAGCUAGAAGAUGGUCGUACAUUGUCCGAUUACAAUAUUCAGAAAGAGUCAACACUUCAUUUGGUAUUGAGAUUGAGAGGAGGUAUGCAGAUUUUCGUCAAAACAUUGACAGGCAAAACUAUUACACUAGAAGUUGAGCCUUCAGACACUAUUGAAAAUGUAAAGGCUAAAAUCCAGGACAAAGAAGGAAUUCCCCCAGAUCAACAGCGUCUCAUCUUUGCCGGUAAACAGCUAGAAGAUGGUCGUACAUUGUCCGAUUACAAUAUUCAGAAAGAGUCAACACUUCAUUUGGUAUUGAGAUUGAGAGGAGGUAUGCAGAUUUUCGUCAAAACAUUGACAGGCAAAACUAUUACACUAGAAGUUGAGCCUUCAGACACUAUUGAAAAUGUAAAGGCUAAAAUCCAGGACAAAGAAGGAAUUCCCCCAGAUCAACAGCGUCUCAUCUUUGCCGGUAAACAGCUAGAAGAUGGCCGUACAUUGUCCGAUUACAAUAUUCAGAAAGAGUCAACACUUCAUUUGGUAUUGAGAUUGAGAGGAGGUAUGCAGAUUUUCGUCAAAACAUUGACAGGCAAAACUAUUACACUAGAAGUUGAGCCUUCAGACACUAUUGAAAAUGUAAAAGCUAAAAUCCAGGACAAGGAAGGAAUUCCCCCAGAUCAACAGCGUCUCAUCUUUGCCGGUAAACAGCUGGAAGAUGGCCGUACAUUGUCCGAUUACAAUAUUCAGAAAGAAUCAACACUUCAUUUGGUUUUGCGUCUCCGUGGAGGACAAUAAACUUUUCUGGGACAGUUUAGUCUCGUACUUUUGCAAAGUGACUUUAAAGCUGUUCAUUUUAUCUUUUAAAAUUGUGCAAGCAUUGCAAUAAAUUUAUUAUGUUCAUGUUGA